AUGGAGCAGAUGGAAAUCCACACGUUAAAGUACUUGAAAGGCAUUGACAGUGAGAUUGACAAGGUUUUGUACCGACCAGCAAACAAGGCUGCCCUGUACAAGUUCACGGUUCGAACAAACUCAUGGACAAGCAAUCCUGCACCCAUCGGAAAGCUCUUCUUGUGUCGCAGGAGCACCAACCCAACGACGUACGUGCUGGUGCUGUUGGGGAGGACUGAGGGCAGAUACUGGGUGUAUCACAUUGUCCCAGACACGCAGGUGCACUUGGACGACCAGCAUCCGCGCAUUGACCUGGAGGAUUCUGCACACCCUGGAGAAGUGUUUGGGCUGUUCUUCUCCAACUCCCACGAUUCCCGCGACUGCCUUGCACAACUUCAGAGCCUACCAAGGUAG